CUUACAGUUUCUAAGAGUAAAUGGAAUGUAUUUACACAAAAGAACAUGCAUGUCCUAAAUGGGCAGGAUAUCCAUCUGGACUGUAACUUUUCUUUUCCUGAUGAUCUACAUUAUGAGAGCUCAUUCUGGUUCAAACAUGAGCAGAAAACACAAUGCCAUUUAAAUAAUCCUGAGAGAUUAAUGCUGAAGUAUGAUGACAGGAGACAUUUUCUGAAUCGAUCCUCUAAGGACUGCACCUUAGGAAUUAAAAAUGUGAGCACUGAUGAUGCUGGGAGAUACUGUUUCCGGUUUAUAACUGAUGGAGGUCCUAAAAAAGUAUGGACUGGUCAGCAUGGACUGCAACUGUUUGUGCAUGCUCCACAGAUUUCAAACUUGCCAGCCUCACUCACACUUAGGGACAGCAUCCAAGGCAGUAUCAACAUCCUUGUAUCAGAUGUUUACCCAGAGAAUGCAGCUCAGAUUGAGUUUUGUGAUGGUAUCCCUGGUGAAAAAAUUGUGAACACUACCAAAAAAGGACAGGAUGGGAACUUCACAAUUAAUGCAACUGUAUAUUUUACUGCAGCAAUUUCUCAUAACCAGAAAAAGUGCACCUGCAAAGUAACCCAUGCCAAUCUCGCCCAUCCAUUAUUUACCAGCACUAUUCUGGAUGUACAGUAUGAACCAAGAAAUGUGAGCAUCUCUGUGAAUCCACAAGGAAUUAUUAAAGAAGGUGAUGCUAUUACACUGAGCUGCACAGCUGAUGCCAAUCCAGCCAUUACCAGUUACACAUGGCAGAAAAUUCUUGAGACUGGUAGCUUUUACAACCUUAGCUCUAACAAAAAUCACUUCAAACUAUCAUCAGUAUCUCAGGCAGACAGUGGAAACUACAGCUGUAAAGUAAUGAAUGCAAUAGGAGUGAACAAAGCUGUACAAUGCAUCAAUGUUCAGUAUAGUCCAAGUAUAGCGAUACCAGUUGGACUCGGAGUAUUAUUUAUUAUCCUCAUCACUGUUGCAGUAAUUCUGAAAUUUGUUUCCAGAAGAAAAAAAGACAAAAAUAAACAAGCCUCAGCAGUGGAAGAUUUUAAACAAGCCCCAGUAGUAGAAAAGUCUUCUAAUUCUCAGGAUGAACAUGCUAUGGUUUCAAAGAAAAAGCAACAAUCACCAUCAACACAGAAUCAAGACAAAGUAUAUGCAAAUGUUUCUGAAAGUCAUGGAUCAGAGCUUGUAUACUGUCAAGUUGUAUUUGCUGAUCAGGCAGCUAAAAAGAAAACUGACAUGCAAAAUGAAGACGCAUUAGCUGGCACAUCGGAGUAUGCAACUGUGGCCUUCAAGAAUUCUUAACUCCUACAGAAGAAGCUCUUUUGCAGAACUAACCAUUAUGACAUGUUUAAUAACAGACUACUGAGUUUAAGAACUCCUAAUACAGCACAGAAAUACAUUCAAACCAAGAGGAUAUAUUUCUUUACUCAGCUGGCAAGGAAUCAAGAAAUUAUGCAUAUUACAUAGCAACAAAAAAACAUGCUAAGAUUAGUCAUCCUGCUGUCACAUUUCUUUGUUUAUUCCAUUUAGUGUUUUGUAAAUGAAAAUUAUGUAAGAUGCGAUAAAGUUAAAGGAAACUACA